AUGAAGCUGUAUGUGAUCGUUUCUCUGUGGGCUCUGGUCACCAUCACACACCAGAUCAAAACACAAGAUAACUGUGUGUGUGAGUUCAUCAGCUCAGAGAAACCCUUUCCUUAUGACAAACUCAAGAUGAUGCAGGACAGUGCAUCCAACUGCAACAACCUUAUGAGCCCUCAGAAGGCCUUCGGGUUGGAAAGUCUGCUGCUGGGUUUGAACCGACGUCUGCCUCAGCUGGAGGAUGAUGUAGAGAUGCUGGAAAAGGAGGACGAUGGAGAACUGUAUGGAGUUCUCAGUUUGUACGUGAUAGAGAACGAGCUCACUGAGAUCCAGGCGAUGAUCGAUAAACUCAACAGCUCAACCUCUGAGCACAAACGCCUCGGUGACGACACCGCUCAGAAGUUGGAGGAUGUAAAAGAAAAAAUGGAGGAACUGGAAACUUUUGACGCCAUGCAGGUGAUGAAGAAACAACAAGCCAACCAGCGCCUAAAGAGAGACCUGGACCAGUGCAGGAAUGGUGGACUUCAUCCUAGACCCCAACCCACUAAGCAUACAGAGGGAACCUGCCCCCAUGGUCGGUUUCUGAACGUCACUGGGCCAAGAGUCUUCACAACAGGAGAGUAUCCUGGCUCGUACAAGUAUGGAGCCUGGGGUCGGGAUCCCAAGCCAGAGGAGGGGAAGGAGAGCUGGCAUUGGCUGGUCAUGUUGACGUCCAGCAACAUCUAUGCCCACUACGUCCGUUUCUACUCCACCCUGAGCUCUAUAAUUGUUGGAGUGAGCACCCCAGGUAAUGUUCUGAUCCAUCCAUCUAAUCCAACCACCAACACAAUUCAGGGCCCAAACGUGGUUCUGUAUGGAGGGGCCCUGUACUACAACUGUUACAACAAAGAUGCUGUUUGUCGUUUCAACCUCACCACAAAGAGUAUUACCACUUUACAGCUACCCAAAGGAACCAGGUAUAAUUCCAAAGCUAAUUUCUGCCACCUUGACGAAUGCUACGUGUUCACUGACCUGGAUCUAAUCACAGAUGAGUCUGGUGUCUGGGUGGUGUACACCACCAAUCAGGACUUUGGAAACCUGGUUCUAUCCAAGGUGGAGGAGGAGGAGAACCAGCUGCUGAGUCUUGGUCAGACUUGGCGCACUUCAUUUCCCAAAAGCAGUGUCACCAACACCUUCAUGGUCUGCGGUGUCCUCUAUGCAACGCGCUACGUCGACAAAAACUUGGAAGAGAUCUUUUAUUCGUUUGACACCACAACAGGGAAGGAGAACUUAAAUGUUGGUAUUUUCAUAGAUAAGAUGUCUCCUAACAUUCUCUCCUUAAACUACAGCCCGUUGGACCAGAUGCUGUAUGCCUACUGUGACUCCAAAUUGGUCUCCUAUGAGGUUUUGUUUGAGAAGAGAAGCAACUUUUAUCUGUAA